AUGUCUUUGAGCGGACGCCUUGCGCUCGUCACAGGUGGUGCGAGUGCCAUCGGUGAACCUGUUAGCCACUUCCUGGAUGCCGAAGGUGCGAUUCUCUCGAUGGCCUACAGACGGCUCGAGGCUUCAUGCCAAGUGGACGAGUGUCUCACAGAGUUCCGCAGAACGUCAGCCCCGCCACGAGAGAUUGCCGAGGCUAUUAAGAUUCUGUGUUCGCCAACUGAUCGCUCAUUUGUAACUGGUGCAGCGCUUGAAGUCUCUGGGGGAUUGGUUAUGUGA